UCUGCUACUACACUGCUCUACUUCCGGGAUACUGACACGAUGAGAUUGUAGCAUCGCUGCCGAACAAAAUCCCAUCCUAGGGUGAUGGGGCCAGACGGUGCCCCGGGUCCAGCUGUGCCCUGGAGGAAGGUGCUGUGGGAACGUCAGCCCUUUCCUGACAACUACGUGGACCAGCGUUUCCUGGAGGAAUUACGCAGGAAUGAGGGCAUCCGGCAGUACCGUUACUGGGCUGUGGUGAAAGAAGCAGGCUUUGUAGGACAGCAGCUGUCUUGUGUGGCCAUUUUUAUCACCCUCUGGCUCUACAUGGAGCAGGGUCUGCUGUCUCCUGCGACGCUGCUGUGCACCAGCCUUGUCUGCGCCCUGCUGGGUUAUGGACUGCACCAAGUCUUAUCGUCUCAAGUUGAAUCAUGCAGCGAGCCCAGGACCCAUCUGGCUGAUUUACAGAGUGCUGCCAUUUUCCUGUCCUUCACGUUUGGCUUCUCGCCAGUUCUUAAGACACUAACAGAGUCCGUGAGUACGGACACAGUGUACGCCAUGUCUGCUGUGAUGCUGCUGGCCCACCUGCUGUCGUUUCCUUACGCCGAGCCCUCCCCUCCCGGCAGCCUCUCCCUAAAUGCAGCCCUGUUUGCUUCAGUGUGCUUAGCCUCAAGGCUACCUGGGGCCCUGCACACCUUUGCCAUGCUCAGCUGUGCCCUGCUGGUGUUUGCCCUGUGGCCCUGCCUGCUGCAGAGGCUGAGGGAGAACGCCCCUGGUCAGUUUGCAGGGGUGUGUGUGGGAGUGUGUGUAGGAGGGGUAGGAGGUCUGGGGUCCCAGUCACCAGGCGGAGCAGUGCUCUUAGCCCUGGCUUUGGGGAGCGUUACACUGCUCUGUCCAUUGCUGCUGGUCAGGCUGCAGAGGCACAAGGACAACAUCCACGGGCCCUGGGAUGAGGCUGAGAUUCAUGAGGACCUCAGCCGCUUCCUUAACUAAUGGACAGAAGCAAGACUAACACAAGCUGCUCCUGACCAAACUGAUUUUUAAGAUGUGGGCCAAUGGAGAACUUUACACGGACUAAUUUACUGCCAGACUGCAGUUUUGUUGGUGCUGUACAUCCAAACUGACAACUCUUUCAUCAGUAAUUCAUGCUUGUCAGCCACGACGAAAUUAGUAUUUUCUAGCGGAGAACAAUGUUUUUAAUGUUAAAGCUGCUACUGUACUGUAACCGUCAACCUCAGAGUUUGAAUGGAAGAUAUCAACUAAUGUGCAAUGCUGACUAACAUCACUGGAGACACUAUGAUGCUAUGCACCUUUGAUAUCAGUGAUGUUUUAAAAAGAAAACUAUGGGAGAUGUGCCAUGUUUUAGGGUUGCUCGUGUUGUGUUUGAAAACAAGGGCUCAAGACAUUUAAAUAUUAAUAGGAUUUUACGAUUUAUGAGAUAUAGGAUUUCCUCAGUGUUAUUUAAUAAAAUACCACAGGAAGCUCAUUUUUACCUCCACUGUACUGCAAAAAGCGCCAGCUAUACUCAUGAUUGAACUAUGGCCUCAUUUUUUACUGUCAAAUGUACACAUUUGUCAUCUAUUUAAAAUUUAGGUCACAAAAUGUUACCUUUUUGAGUUUUGAAGACAUCAGUUUUAAAUUCUAAUUUGUAUUGAAGGCUACUUUUUUUCCACCAGUUAAAUUAGAAUCACAUAUCCAACAGCUAUGUUUUAAAGUUCUUCUCUGAUCAUUGAUUAAACGCUUAAAAUACUCA